AUGGUGAAGGACAGAUUCAUUCUUUCCAGUAAAGAGAGUUCCCAGGAGAUGAGCGGAAUUAAGCUUCUAGAAGGUGAGGCUGGAGCAGACGCCCGCAAGGUGGCAGCGGCUGCAGUUGGCCGUCUGAGGUGCGCGGCGUCGGCCCUGCUGCUCCGGGCGCCCCGUCUGCCCGCCCAGGAGCUGUCAGCUCCGGCUCGGCUCUAUCACAAGAAGGUUGUUGAUCAUUAUGAAAAUCCUCGAAAUGUGGGGUCCCUUGACAAGACAUCUAAAAAUGUUGGAACCGGACUGGUGGGGGCUCCAGCAUGUGGCGAUGUGAUGAAAUUACAGAUUCAAGUGGACGAAGAGGGCAAGAUCGUGGACGCCAGGUUUAAAACGUUUGGCUGUGGUUCUGCGAUUGCCUCCAGCUCGUUGGCCACGAAAUGGGUAAAAGGGAAAACGGUGGAGGAAGCCUGGACCAUCAAAAACACGGACAUCGCCAAGGAGCUCUGCCUGCCGCCUGUGAAACUGCACUGCUCCAUGCUGGCCAAACAUGCCAUCAAGGCUGCCCUGGCUGAUUACAGACUGAAACAAGAACCCAAGAAAGAAGAGGCCGAGAAGAAAUGAGCCCUCGGCGAACCUGCCCACAGGUCACACCAGCUGCUUGCCCACCC